GGUCUCGCCGGCGAGGCGCAGCCCGAUCCUGGGCCCCUCUCCUCGGAUACCAGCCCCAGAAAGCCGAACAGGACACGCUCCCAGGUAGAAGUCACUGCUGUGGAGAGACCUGAUGGAUCACACUGGAUGAGGUUGGUUCAAGCAGCUGCCAGCAAGAAAGAGCAGAAUUUAGAAGCCUGCUUAAAGAAUAGCCAAUUGUACUAUUGGGUCACAAGGAAAAUACUCCGAAAUGAGGAACUCCUUGUUUGGUAUGAGGAGGAACUUUCUAGGCUUCUGGGAUUCAGUGAGAUUAAAAUCUGCAGGAGAUUCCAGAAUGAGCUGGAUUGCCCAAACUGCAAAUGGGAGCACGCAUGUCUCUCUCAAGCCUGCUUCUUCAGCUUCCCAGAGAACAGCACCCAGCUCUGGAGAAAACUUUCCGUCCCAAAGAUGGUAAAGGACAAAUCAAUGGAACAACCCACACAUUCCUGUAGUCUGGAUAGAGACCUGGAGUUCAGAGCGACCACUUGGAAAGAUGGUUCCUGUAGAGAGAGGAGGAGGAACCAUGAUGAAAUGGAGAGCAGUAGUAAGAGCAGGAAAUCUGUGUUGCUGGAGAAAACAAACUAUCUGCACGAAGAACAGCCCAGGGACAAAGGAAUGGCCCAGCACCUGUUAGGAGGACCCUUCUGGAAGUUCGGUACAGUGAAACAGAUGGCUCUGAAGAAGGAUGUACUGGAACAGAAAGAGAGUGCAUUCACUGAAGUGAAGAGAAUGAAGGUGAUAAUUGAGAAUUCUAAGAAGGCGGAAGAUGGAACAGGAGGGAUUUUCUUAGGCAAAAAUAUAGUUCAGUGUUCGCCAGGCAGUGCUUUUUCCUUCGUAUGGCCCACCAGAGCUCCUGGGGAGCCCAAGAGUGCGUUCAGCAAGCCAGUGAAAGCCUUGGUGGACACAACAGCAGCGGUUGCCUCUCGUCUGAGUGACCCAAUGAAAGGCCCAGGAAAGCUGUCGGGAUGCCUCAGUGCCGCUGACCUUGUGCAAUACAGAAGCCUUCUGACUUCCAAAUUCCUUGCGAGUGAUUUAAACAACUCUCGACUGCUGCAGACCACUUUCCUUCAGAACAGCCCUUUCCUUUAUCCUUCAGAGAUGUGGUCCAGACAGAUGAAAGAGCCAAGGCAGACCACACCAACCUCCACCUCUUCCUCUCCUACCCUGACUGUGUUGCCUCCCACCUUUACUUCCUUUGGGGUCGCAUCCCAGAACUGGUGUGCAAAGUGUAACCUCUCCUUCCGAAUGACGUCUGACCUCGUACUUCACAUGCGCUCCCACCACAAAAAGGAGGGUCCUUCGCCAGAGUCCCAUGGCAAAAGGAGGCAGGAAGAAAAACUGUCGUGUCCUGUCUGCCAGGAAUAUUUUCGGGAACGGCAUCAUUUAUCUCGACAUAUGACUUCCCAUAAUUAGACCUGUAGUUCUUUAUCUGCAGUAUAUGUAUGCCUGUGUGCAUGCAUGUGUUUGUGCAUGUGUUCAGCUAUUUGCCUUUAUUUUUCUUCCAAAAUCUUCUGAGAGAUGACUAUUUGCAGUUAUUUGUGUUGUUAUUUUCAGUGGGAAAAAUGUAUUUACAAGACUUCUAGCCAGCUAUAAAUCCUUGAAAGUAAAAUUCUAUGGUUCAGAAAACAGUUUAAAACAUGAGGUAAUACGAAGAUGUGUUAAUCUGGAAGGUUGUCUACGUAUGUGAGAAUUUUUAAUGCCUCUAACUAAACCUUGGAAAACCAGUGUGGCCUCGUAAGAAACACAGCCAGCUCUACUGAACAUAAGCAUGUGUGAACACCUGACAUUUUAUGUCUGUUAGAAGGAGUGAUUGAUGUGUAUGAGACAAUGGUGGUUGAUGUCCACUGGGCCUGGGUGGGGCAGAGGGUCUCCAUAUAUGGAACUACCUAGAAUUACUGCUAUACUCAUCCUUUUCACUUGUGAAGACCCUGUGUAGGCUUAAGUAAAUCAUAAACCCAAUAGUUAAUUCAGACUAAAGUAAAGCCAUUAAAUCAUUGGGAUUCUGAAGUCACAGCCUCUAUAAAUUCCAUUGGUCCUACUCUGAUUUGGCCUAACCACUGGGUUUAUGCUGAUCUUGGUGGAGAUGCAUGAGUUACUGCCAAACCUGGUUCCGUGCAAAAGAAGUUUCUCUUCACAAAUCCUUGAAGUGUGGAUGGGGAACUUGUGGUCUUCCAGAUAUUGAUAAACUCUCACAAUCCCUCACCAGGGGCCAAGUGAGACGGCUCUGGUAGACACUGGAGCCCAGUUACCAUGGAGGAGCAACAGUCUCUCCAGUCCUGCCUCAUGGCAUCCCAGACCUCUUUAUAUCCAGCCUUUAUUUUGGAAGGGGAGCUUGGUUGCAGCAAAACUCAGCAUGGAAAAAGGUGUCAUGGAGCAGAAGGAAGAAAGGUAAGGUAAGGUAUUUGGAGAAGCCCACAUUUUUCAUGUGGGCUGAAAAGCAGUAUUGGUUCUCCACAACAGCACAUGGGCCACUCCGGUCCUUCAGCUAAAUGCACCACUUAUUGAGCAAGGCAUUCAGACUUGGGGGGAAAUGGGAGUGGGGGAAAGACAGAGCUGGGCAUGUUGGCUGGAAGAUUCUGGAAGCUGAAGUCUAACAAGUAAUACUUCCAAGCUCUCAACAGUCAAACCUCUCACCAUCUUUCUCUUUGGAAAUGUGUCCUAGUAAUUAAGCAGGUUGAGAAGCACUUUGGCUGUGUAAUCUGUUUUGUGCUGCUGUUUUUCUUUCCAGAUUCUCAUCUCAUUUUGGGAUGCACACAAGUAAAGAUAAACCCCUGGUCUCUCUCACAUUUACAUACCCCUCACCUCCAUGUGUGCUGACUGUCAGUCUGGGCUUUGCCCUCUGCUUUUUCUCCCAUGUUCUGAUCAGAGCAAGAGAAAACAAAACAAAGACUUGUCGGCAGCUGUUAGAUGCUCUGUGCGGAUGCUUGCUUUUGCUACAGGAAAGAUCAGAGUCUAUUCAAAACCUUCCCUGAUGCCCAGGACCCGAGAAUCCCAAAUGAGCUGGACCGAACAUGACAGUGAAGCAUAGCAGUGCCUCCGACACUCUGCUUCACUGCUUUUGAAACACUGUCUUUUCCGUAUUUAUCUAUGGGGGAAUGUUAUUAGCAUGUCUGGCCAGGACAUAUGUUCAAAUUCCUACCCCACUCUGAAAGAAGUAAGUGCAGAGGAAACAGACAGAGAACCCUAGGGAAGCAAUGCUGCAGCACAUAUUUUCUUUCAGAGGGAGCCAAACUUAAUCGGCUUCGUGCAUGUGUGGUGGUUUACAGAGGGAAAUGCUGCCCUCACUGUGGUGAUUCCACACUGUACAGUAUAUACAUCUGCAUUUAGAUAUGUCUUGGUAUUUAUGGUGAGUGGGAUUUGAUUGGCAUUGGUAGUUGAAAUGUGUGCCAGGAGAGUAUGUUAAAACAGUUGGAAGGAGAAGUAGAAUAUGUGUGAAGUGAACUGUGUGUAAAUUAUCUGAUAUGUUGCUCUUAUAUGUAUAAGGAGUUUUGUGUGAGGGACAGAGCUGUUUAGUUUAACUUUGAGUUAGAGACAGAGAGAACUACAAGUAAACUCUGAGCCUAAAAGAGAGAGUUGUGAUAUAGUUAAGAGCUGUGCUGAGGGAAGUCUGUUUUGUGAAGAAGCUAUGGGAACACAGGCUGAAAUCCUGUUGCACAGCUCCAAGGAGGAUGACAUCAUCAGCCUUUGGGAGCAAUAAAAAGCCUCCAAGGUUUCAGAGAUCCCUAGGGAUACCCUUGCUCUUG